UUUCUUGUUUUCCAACAGGGAGUGGGGCCAGCUAGCAGAACCAGUGGGCUGCACAACAUCACCUUCAGAUAUGACAAUUGUACCACAUACUUGAAUCCAGUGGGGAAGCAUGUGAUUGCUGAUGCCCAGAACAUCACCAUCAGUCAGUAUGCGUGCCACGACCAAGUGGCAGUCACCAUUCUUUGGUCCCCAGGGGCCCUUGGCAUCGAAUUCCUAAAAGGAUUCCGGGUAAUACUGGAGGAGCUGAAGUCAGAGGGAAGACAGUGCCAACAACUGAUUCUAAAGGACCCGAAGCAGCUCAACAGUAGCUUCAAAAGAACUGGAAUGGAAUCUCAACCUUUCCUGAAUAUGAAGUUCGAGACGGAUUACUUUGUAAAGAUUGUCCCUUUUCCUUCCAUUAAAAACGAAAGCAAUUAUCACCCUUUCUUUUUCAGAACCCGGGCCUGUGACCUGUUGUUACAGCCGGACAACCUGGCCUGUAAACCCUUCUGGAAGCCUCGGAACCUGAAUAUCACCCAGCACGGUUCGGAUAUGCAGGUGUCCUUCGACCACGCACCACACACCUUUGGCUUCCGUUUCUUCUAUCUUCAUUACAAGCUCAAGCAUGAGGGACCCUUCAAACGAAAGACCUGUAAACAGGAGCAAAAUACAGAGACAACCAGCUGCCUCCUUCAAAAUGUAUCUCCAGGGGAUUAUAUAAUUGAGCUGGUGGAUGACACUAAUACAACAAGAAAGGUGAUGCAUUAUGCCUUAAAACCAGUGCAUUCCCCGUGGGCUGGGCCUAUCAGAGCCGUUGCCAUCACUGUGCCGCUGGUGGUCAUAUCGGCAUUCGCCACACUCUUCACUGUGAUGUGCCGCAAGAAGCAACAAGAAAAUAUAUAUUCACAUUUAGAUGAGGAGAGUUCUGAGUCCUCCACCUACACCACAGCACUCCCCAGAGAGAGGCUCUGGCCGCGGCCGAAGGUCUUCCUCUGCUAUUCCAGUAAAGAUGGCCAGAAUCACAUGAACGUUGUCCAGUGUUUUGCCUACUUCCUCCAGGACUUCUGUGGCUGUGAGGUGGCUCUGGACCUGUGGGAAGACUUCAGCCUCUGCAGAGAAGGGCAGAGAGAAUGGGUCAUCCAGAAGAUCCACGAGUCCCAGUUCAUCAUCGUGGUCUGUUCCAAAGGCAUGAAGUACUUUGUGGACAAGAAGAACUACAAGCACAAAGGAGGCGGCCGAGGCCCGGGGCAGGGGGAGCUCUUCCUGGUGGCCGUGGCCGCCAUCGCCGAGAAGCUGCGCCAGGCCAAGCAGAGCUCCUCGGCGGCGCUCAGCAAGUUCAUCGCCGUCUACUUCGACUACUCCUGCGAGGGAGACGUUCCCGGCGUCCUGGACCUGAGCACCAAGUACAAGCUCAUGGACAACCUCCCCCAGCUCUGCUCCCACCUGCACUCGCGAGACCACAGCGCCCGGGAGCCCGGGCCGCACCCCGGAAACGUCAGCCGCAGGAACUACUUCCGGAGCAAGUCGGGCCGGUCGCUGUACGUCGCCAUCUGCAACAUGCACCAGUUUAUCGACGAGGAGCCCGACUGGUUUGAGAAGCAGUUCGUUUCCUCCCACCCUCCCCCGCCCCGCGCCCGGGAGCCGGUCCUGGAGGGGAAGGCCGCGGGCGCCUCGGGCCUGCCCCGGGACUCGGGCAUCUAUGACUCGUCGGUGCCCUCCUCGGAGCUGUCUCUGCCCCUGAUGGAGGGACUCUCGGCGGACCAAACGGAAACGUCCUCGCUGACGGAGAGCGUGUCGUCGUCCUCAGGCCUGGGUGAGGAGGACCCUCCUGCCCUUCCGUCCAAGCUCCUCACUUCUGGGGUGUAUAAAGCAGAACCUGGUUGCUGCAACUACACUGGUGAACUCCACACGGUUGCCCCUUUGUAACGAAAUGGAAGAGUCUAAGCAUUGCCACUUUAGCUGCCGCCUCUCUCUGGUUCCCCAGCUCAUCUCUGGUUGUGUAGCCCACUUGGGCUGUGGUCUCCUACAAGGAUGUUUGGAGUGAAAUUCGUGCCAGUACUUGUUCUCCUUGCUCCUAUCCUCUAACAGAUAUCUUGGCAAAGUCUCCAGUUUUCUAAAACCAUAUGGAGCUUGGAAAGGGCAUGUCCAUAAGAUCUGACAACAGCUUGCCAUGGUAGGUCAGACCUUGGGUUAGAGCCAAUACUGGGAGAUAGGGAGGAAACAUAAAGAGAAACAGGAAAAUACCUGCACUGAUCGUUCAGACUUAAUUUAUCUCUGCAAACUUUGCCUAUUCACUCUUGGCUGUUUUGAUUUGAAAUGCUUUGUAGAAAAAGCACUUUUAAUGUUUUUAUAACCGCACAGAAAUCAAUUGUCAGUCUAUCUGGAAUCCAUGUCAUUACAGAUGAUAUUCCUGUUCAUUUUUGGUGUGGAACUUAUGUUGCCAUGGGUGUUAAAAAAGGUCAAGAAAGUAACAACAUGUAAUCAUCUCUCAUAAAGUGAGUCUUUAUGUAUUAGUGGGUGGCAUGGCUAACUGAGGUGGAAGUUGCAGGGCCAGGACGACCAUCUAAACCAUUCUUUCUGAGAUGGUCUGGUCAGCAUGAAAAGCCACCAGAGCUCAGUACCGAAGAGCACCUCUUGGUCUAAGUAGGCAUCAUGCAAACGCCAGAUCUGCCUCCCAAGAUUUCCUGGGCUACAUUUACUCGUUGUAUCUCAGAUGUUGGUGUCUAGAGUUUUAUUUUUAAGAGACUGAUACACAACUGGGCUGUAAUACUGAAAGUUGCAGUUCAUGCGUUCGGUUGGCCUCUGGUCUAAAGCUGUGUCCAGAGUAUUCAGGGUCAGAAUCCACUGAAAUAUGGCAGCGUGUGGAGGUGGUGGCCAGUUAAUCUGCUGAAUUGGUUUUGACUAAUGACAAACCUCUUUUUAAGAAGGUGAAAAGGAGGGGGCUGUCCCAAAGAUGAAUGUGCUCUUCGAAUAUUGUCUAAGGAAGACAUGAGACCUGAAAUCAUUAAAUUCUUGAAUCUUAAAGUAUUCCUCCCACAACCCAGCCUGUGACUGAUGUUUCACUUUGUGUUUAUGUUGUAGUUACCCGGUAAAAGAUUUGUCUCUUGUGCUCCAUCCUACCAAAAACAGCUAUUUAGAGCUUAGGAGGAAAGAAUUUUCUUUAAAAAGCAAAAGCAAAUGUUCUGUUUUUAUGAAUGACUUCUCUACAGAAUUUCUGUUUCCAAAGGGAAAACAGUUGUUCCCUUUUCCUCCCCUUGCCCUUCUGGGCAUGUGAGCUUCCUUUUCCACUUUUUCAUAGGUGCUGUUGAGUUUGGCACCGCUUUCUCAGCAAUCACACCGGGGACCAUGGUUUUGACUCCAGCAAAUAGAACUGAUAUUAAAGAGGACGCCGAGGAACAUCCUGAGGAGGGGUGGGAGAUGGAAUGGCGCAGGACUUCUCUUUCCAAGCACAUGCUUGGCAGGUGGGGAAGGGAAGGUUUACAACCCUCCUGGAAAGAAGAGGUUUGUGUGUAUUUUUGAUGCAGAUGCCACACUCCCUGCUCUGUAAAGGCAGCUGGCAGCUUCUUGGGGGAAGAACGUGAUCGGCUGUUCUCUGGCAUCGAGUUUCCUGCAGCUGCCCUGAGGGAGAGACAAGUGAGCAACAGAACUGCCUCCCCCAUAAAACCAGGCAUCUUGUUGGAGAAGAGACGUUCCAUGUUGUCACCGUGGAAUACAGGACAAGCACAGAGCUCCUACCCUCAUGUGACUCUCCUUCCAUUCUACCCCAGCAUGCAUUCUGUAAAGGAGAUUGGUCACUUCAAACUUGCUAGCAUACGAAAAUUCACUUUGGAACAUUAUGACAGAUAUUUCUUGUUGAGACCAAAUGAUGCAUGCCCCAAAGGAGCCAGUAAGAGCCACUUUUAGGAUAGAUAUUCAGCUUUGCAUGUGAAGUGAGGCAUCUCUGAGAAAGUGGCCCAGUGACAGCAUGAGGACUGGGGUGGAGGAGCAUCAGCUGGGCGUCAUGAGUGUGGGAAAGCUUGCUAAAUGAGCUUACUCAUGAAAAUGGAAGGGAAAAAAGAUGCUAGUCCAAAAAUCAGGUAAUGUUUUAGUUUGGAUUUAGGAUUUGGGCACUUAUUUUGAAACAUUAAUGUUUGUGAUGUUCAACAAAAGCGAACUGUUGUAUGGAGUAAUGAAAAAAUGGGAAUGCCUAACUCAGAAUAAGUUGAGAAGUCCAGCUUCCUGGUUUUGCCUUAUUAGUUUCACUUUUUUCCCCCCACCCUCCCCAUCUAAUGCUGGGAAUAGGAAUAAUUGCCAUGUAGAUUAAGGCAGAACAUCUGUUUUAAGCAGAGCUCCAUUUUUUGACUCACACUGUUCUGAGCAGUGGAAAUGAUAAGCCAGAAUUCAAAUAAAGGUUCUGUAAGUCACAGGCUUUUAGACAAUGGGGAAACAAGAAGUAGAAUAUAGGGGUGAUUCCAAUGAGUUCUUGACCCUGAGAGUCAAAGGCUUAUGUAGCUAAAUUAGAUGGUGUCCUCUGGACAGGUGAACAGAUACAUACGUCCAAGGUUCUAGGUAACCAAGAAGCUUGCAGGUAGUUGAAGGUAGGGAGCUGGUGGUUUAUCUUAAAUCACCAGUGCCCUACAGAAAGGACUUACCGUCCAACACAGCUUUGCCGGGAGAGUGAUUAGGGAGGUGAAAGCCCAGGUCAAGGCAUGCUGUUCUCUCAGGUCAACUACAAGCAACAGGAACCACCUGGAUGGGCCUAGCCCAGCCACACAGUGAGCAGAAGGUAUUCCAGAGGGCCAAGUCCUGGGCCUUUGAGCCACACUAAUCUCUAGAAAGAAUCAGAAGUCAUUCAGGUCCAGGCCUAGGAGGGUGAUCCAACCAGUUAAUAGUAUUUUGAGACAAAAAUGAGAUGGGUCCAUAAAGUCAUGAGACAGAGUAUUUGGUUGACACAUUAGCAAUAACCGAAGAUAGUCCCAGAUCAGAAGUUCAAAAAUAUGUCUUUAGCAACAAUGACAUCAUUGGAAUCAAUGCAUAGUAAUUUAAGUUCAUGUAUGUUAAAGUUUACUCUUACUACUUCAUAGCUACAAGUGUCUUUUUUUUUUUUUUUUUAAAUAACCCCUAGUCUCAGGCUCCCUGACUUAAGUGUAAAUAAACAGGAAAACUGUCUAAAAAUGUGGGUUUAUGUGAUUUUUUUCACAGCCUCCCCCUCCCCAGGGUUGAGCAUCUUUAAAACACAAAACAAGGAAUUAAAAAAAGCUGUUUUCUUGGAGAAGAAAUAACAUACCCUUCUCCUCCAAAGAGAGAAAACCCUGUAGUCUCCAGCUGCCUGAACACUAAGACGGCUCUUAGAGAGAGGAAUUGCUCUUCAUGUCUUUAUUGGAGAGAAGUGGACAAUGCCAAUGUGAAAGUUACUAGACUUUUUGAUUUUAUGUGGUUGGUGAAAACUACUUAUUUAAUAGAUGGUAUGUCUUCAGGGGUUGCCAGUGUAGCAGGCCUGAUGUAAUGAUAAAUAAGGUGUGAUUAUAAAUGACAGUGACAUGUCCUCUCUGUGUUGGGGAUGUCAUAGGGCAUGUUGGGGACCGUGGCAAACAGAUGCUUCUCUCCCACCUACAGGGGGCAGCUACUCCAGCCAGUUGUGGCCAAGCAGUGUUUCUUGAUCUUCCCAUCUUUCAAGAGAAGCUGAGAAACUGGAUUUUUAUAUGAACAAUUCUGAUUUGUUUAGUUAAAUUUUAAAACAUUUUAAAAUGCAUUCAGACCCUACAAAAUACCUGAUUGUUCUUGGCCCACUAGCUUCCAGUUUGGCACCCACCUCUGCUUUAUAAGAGUUGAAAUGAAAGGCAUGCGUGGUAAUUACAGAUGUCUAGUACCACCAGAAAAUGCUGUUGCUAAAUGCAGACAGUAGCUGGAUUGAUGCUUUCCCUCAUUGCUGUCCCAAAGAAAUCUGAUAUGAUUGCGAAUGUAUUUGAAAUGUUUUGAUUGCUUUUUUACAUUUCAUGGUAAGCCAGUUGUUAAUUCCAAAAUCAGAUUUCUGUUCUCCCCAUUUAAAAAUAUGACAUUUGGGACAAUUUCACUUAAACUCUACAACCUGAAGGACCUUAUUUAUAAUUUUAGCCCUUGGCUUAAUCAGUUCUUUAGAUGAUAUGCAACUCUGAGCUUAGUCCAAAACUUAAUAAGGAAAAGCAGGCGUUGUGGGGAGUAGGGCAAGUAAUGAGUGUGCACUAGAGCCAGGUAUUUGCAUUGUCUUCUGCUUUAAAUGACCUGUGAGUCUACUCUGUUUUGGAGGUGUGAAAUCAUACACAGAGAAAAGCUUUUCCUGAUACUGAGAUACCAGUUAGGAGUCCUCAUUGGGGCAUUGGGUCAUCCUUGCUAUAUCACCACCUUUCCAGGCUCAGGGUGAAAAUAAACACAAGGAAGUCUGACUGUAAGCCAAUAGCUUUGAUUUCAGUUUCAGAGUUUUGGGGGUGGGAGAAAGUUUGGAUUAUCUAGCAUGCUCUCCCUGAUGACAGACAAGGCUGUGCCUGAAUUAUUUCAGACAUAUGGCUGUGGAUUUUCAGCAAAGGAGAUUCUGUAACCUAUCCUGCUGAUCAGAUAGUUCUUUGUACGUCUUCCUUAAAGAAAUUCAAACCGGCCUUUUGUUCAGUGUGCAGUGGAAAAAGAACAGCUGGUCACCUUCCCUGUGUUUAAAAACCACAGUGAAGUCAUUCCCCUGGUGUUUUUAUUUCAGUGAUAGAUAAUCCCACCUACUUAAACCAUUUUUCAUAGCUCUUAUUUUCCAAGGACUUAGUCAUUUUCACUGCUAUUGUGUUUCUCAGCUUCACGCUCAGUUCAGUUGCCCAGAUAGAAUGUGCCUUAUUCACAUUGGCACUUUGUGAAGGCCAAGCUCAGGAUGGGGACUACAGGGAAAUUCUUACGUGCCCAGCUUCUCUUACUACUUAAAAAUAUAAUGGCAAUUUUAAAAAAUGAUGUAUCACCUAUAUUCAUUUUGAGGAUUGUUUGAUUGCCACUUUUUCCCCCCUUGACGGCAGUACUCUGUUCCCCUCCCCCGCCUCCUCCCUUGUUGUCAAAUACUUGGUGCUCCUUUGUAAUGUGUUUAAUGUAAUUCCCAAACUUCUUCAGGAUACUUCAAGACCAGCUCUUACCUUCUGAGUGGCAGCUAUUUCUCCCUCCCAAUUUUGGGUUCUAUUUUUACAUAUCUCUAGAGAUUACCCUUAAUUCAUGACUCACAAUAUUAUUAAAUGGCUCAGACUUCAGUUUGACCUCUGGUGAGAGAGACAGUAGUUGCUAAGGGCUAAUUUGCAAAGAGGUCGAGUUGUCUUCUCUCCUGCUCUUUGGUUCCUCUCCACAAUUCAGCUGGGACCACAGACUCCCCAAGAAGCUUUUUUGUGUUCUAAACGGCUGCAGCCAUGGCUCUGAAUUGACCAAGCACUGUGUUUCACGCAACCAGAAGUCUCACAAAAACAAACCAUUAUGACUGGUUUAUGUCACAUAAAACUUGAGAAGAUUCAAAGAAGCAAUCUUUUGUUCGUAUGUGAUGUAGACAAAGCUGACUGCUCUAUUCAUUAGACAAAAAAAUUACCAUUGGAUUAUACUAAUGUGUAAUCAUCUGUUUGUUUUUUAAAGUUUUUUUUGUUUUGAAAAACAGUAUGGACAGAGAAAAAACUUUUGUAAAAAUCAAAUGUGUUCGCUUAGAGAGUAGGUAACUUCUGUUUUCACUGUUAGGUUUUUUUUUUUCUUUUCUACUUCAGAAGCUCCCUGUUAGUACAUUCCGGGGGGGAAAGCCUGUGGAACACGCUGAUUAUUGCCAUUGUCUGUCUCAUCUGUAAGUUUGUCCCUUGUGGGGUCUGGUGGAAUAGUGAGCACUGACAGACGGAAGCAGUGUGCUGUAUUUUUACAUUGAAAACAAUGCCUUUUUUGAUUUGUACAUAACUCUGAAUAGGUGACAGUAGAUCACAGCUGACAUUUGCAAAAUGUUUUUGUACCUUUAGAAUUUCUGCAUCAAAUAAAGUGUUUUGUUUUAAGAG